AUACAGCAUACUUAAUUCCACUCAAACUGAUAAAAGCCUAUGCAUAAAAUAAGAAGUUUUGACUUUUUCCUCUGUUUUUCAUACAGUACUUACAAUCAUAUUUUACAACAAAUUUUUCACUUUGAAAACAAUUCAGAGAUUAUAUAAUCCCACCAUUUGUUUCUUAAAACCCUGAAAAUUCCUUAUCACUGAAUUUAAUAUUUCUAAGUCAUAAAAUGAUGUUAACACCUAAGAUUUAAUUCACCAAAAAGGGAGAUUUUCUGUGUAGUCAGAAGCCGGAAAUACUGUGGUUUGUGCUGUGCUCUUUAAUCAAAAAAGUUGUGAUUAGUAUAACAUUUGUCAUAUCUUUUUCAGGGAUGAAAAUGACUGGAUAUCUCUAGCAUCAACUCUAAAUCAAGAAUUCAGGACAUGCUUAAUUUUUAAGGAGGCUUUUAUCUAGAAGAAUCAGGAUCUUCCACCACUGAUCAGGAAUCCUUUGUAAAAAAUGAAGACUUUUGAUUCAUCUUUGUGGUAGAUGAACAGGCAUAAUUAUAAGAUGGGACUGGUCCGAGAUCGGUGGGCUCCUUCCAGCAUGGAGAUAAGGGAAUUGCAUAAUCGUGAUGUGAUAAACCGUGGUGCUUUUAAGUCGCGGCAGAAGAGAACGCAGACAUUAAUCACAAGCAAAUGUGGAGAAAACCCAUCUCCAUUUUUCCUUGCCCGAUCCAUCGCUAUAGCUAUGGGGAUCCGUUUCAUUGUAAUGGUAAUGAUAUACAGUGGCAUGAUCAUAAAUUUGUUAUUCAACCAAGAGGCUCCAAGUCCUUUGAAAGAAAGUUACUGUGGUCCAUGUCCUAAAAACUGGAUAUGCUAUCGAAAUAGCUGCUACCAGUUUUCUAAUGAGAGCAAGACCUGGCUCCAGAGCCAAGCUUCUUGUAGAUCUCAAAAUUCCAGUCUUCUGAAGAUAUACAGCAGAGAAGACCAGGAUUUCUUCAAAUUGGUGAAGUCAUAUCAUUGGAUGGGAUUAGUACAAAUUCCAACAAACAGAUCCUGGCAGUGGGAAGAUGGUUCCAUCCUCUCACCUAACCAAAUAACAAUGGUUGAAAUGCAGAAUGGAAGCUGUGCAGUCUAUGGCUCAAGUUUUAAAGGUUAUACGGAAAACUGCUUAACUCUGAACACAUACAUCUGCAUGCAGAGGAUUGUCUAAAAGCUUGUAAUUUAUAAACUGGAAAGGAUUUAAAGACACAAAAGCCAUUUUCUGAGUGUUCACCUUGAAAACUUCCAGAAGAAAAUUCCAGCCAUAGUAAUUGAAUUAUUUUUUCAUGUAAAAUAUGUAUUUUUAAAAAAUCCUUGCAGAGAAUAAAGAUGAACAAUUAAAAGAACUUAUCUCCUACAACAAUGUUUUGAUUUUUGAAAACAUUUAAGUGAUGAACAGAUUUAUUCUUAAAUUUAAUAAACUAUGGAUAAUACCU